ACGACUGGUUCUGUUUGAUGUGUACACUCGAACUUGUUCUGAACAAUCAUUCAAUUUUCAAGGCUGCCAGACAUUCUGCCAGAUGGCAACGUCAUUCAAAAAACCAAAAAAAAUAAACGUCAACGUUUUACAAAAGCCGGAAUAACAUCGGCGCACAAAGUCGGGAUUAACUCAAGGAACAACAGAAGCACGUUUAUUGGGCUAUAAGGAUGCACAUUUCCACCAUAUUCACAGUUUUCGCCGCUGGGCUGGCGCUUGGUUGUCUGCAAUUUUCGGCGUCAGAGCCGGUAAACAAAACCGAUGAUUUCGUGGCCACUCAUGAGUGGCAAGUGCUGCGCGAAGGUCAGGCCAUACCAAAGGGACUGCAUGUGCGCAUUAAUCUACAGACAGGCGUUAAGGAGGCAAAACUACUGGAUGAAACCGAACGUGGCACCGCGUUGCAGAGCACAUCCGACGAUUCGGAACAAUCGUGGUCUGCCCAAGAACCAUUGUCCUUGGAGCAUAAGGCGGAUAUCAUUGAGGAAUCGGUGCGCAAGGUAAAGGAACAUCGCAGUUAUGCGGAGCUGCGAAAAACCUACAAAGACUUUCAGAAGAAUUUUCGAACUGAUGGAGAGCUGAUCAUGCAGCUGGUUGAGCAAUAUCGCAACUUUAGCAAAACGCCAUUACAGACUGAGCUUAAGCUAAAGCUUAAUGCAUUGGAGAAUCUUGAAUAUCUGCUGCACCAAAUUGACAAUGCACUUGUGUUUAUUGAUAAUGGCGGCUUGGACGAUGUUCUGCUCCCAAUUGUAGUCAAUGAUACCAACACGGAUCUACGCAUUUCAGCCAUGCGAGUGCUGGGCGCCCUGGCAGGCAACAAUCCCAAGGCACAAAUCAAAGUGUUUGAACGCAACUUUGGCUCCCAUCUCGCACAAAUCCUUAUGACGUCGUCUAACAGCGCAGAGAUCUCCUCGGCAUUGCACGCAUUUGGUACUCUUCUGCGAAAGUUUCCAUUGGCUCAGCAACGUGUCCUUUCCACCUCGGGUACACAGGCUCUAAUUGGCGUCCUAAAAAGCGCUGACGUGGAACUACGCAACAAGGCCAAGGUCGUCACGUUAAUAAGCGAUUUAGUUCUAGAGAAACGAUCUGUGCUUGAAGCGAGCAGAGAUUCACCAGAUGCCGCCACAACCUUAGCACAAUAUGUGCUUCUAGAGUUUGAGUCCUGGCUGCAGACGCACGGCUUCUGUGCCACACUUGAGGCAGUGCUCAGCAAGGACUAUGUGCAUCUGAUCGAUCAACCUGAAGCAGUGGAGCAGUUCACAAUUGCAAUGGAAAGUACAGAUAGUCUUUGUCAGCCCCUUUGGUCUAAAAGCCCUUCCCUACGGCAUGCGCUGCUCACCAUACGCAAUAGAUUCUCGCACAGCCAGGAUGAGUACCGAUUGGAGGUGUCGCAGGCUCUGGCGAAAGUGUGUGGACUAUUUUACGACAAGAACAAGCACACAGAGCUAUAGAUUUUGAUUUUAAAAUUAACUAAGUUAUUCUACAUAUAGAUAUUUUAAGUAUUGAACUGAUUGCGAAGCAAAAGUUUAAUUAAUAUUCACUCAAGAAAAAUUGAAUUUCUUUUAAGAUGAAAUGCCAAAUUCUUUUAAGGUUUAGUUUAAAUAAAAAUUUAUAAAUGUGAUGCCAAA